AUGCGUUCAGGUGAAAUGUCGACAAUACCGGCUCGAGGAUUUCGCUUCCGAACCAUCGGCGGCCUUCGCUACGGAGCGGCAGCUGCAGUGAGCCCGGCCAGUCUUGGAGUCGUUCCUCAAAGUCGACCUGCGUCCACAUCACAUCUUGCAUCACUGAUCUGUAAUUCGUUGAAGAAUGACUUCCGCCCCACAGCGAUCGUUCGAGGCACGAGACCAUUCUGUUCAGGUAAGAAAUCUCCCACCACACAAACGUAUUGCCUUGCCGGCCUUUCACCAACAAUGGAAAACGGAAACAUAGUCAGCUGGCAGAAGAAAGAGGGAGAUCAACUAGGCGAAGGAGACUUACUAUGUGAAAUCGAAACCGACAAGGCUACCAUGGGAUUUGAGACACCGGAAGAGGGCUAUCUUGCUAAAAUUUGCAUUCCUGAAGGCACGAAGGGCGUUCCAAUUGGAAAAGUGCGUUUGCUUUUUGGAGAUUAUCCGCAGUGCAACUAUAUUGCUCUACCUGCUCUCUCACCCACCAUGGAGACUGGUCGCAUAGUCAGCUGGCAAAAGAAAGAAGGUGACGAACUGGCCGAAGGUGAUGUGUUAUGUGAGAUCGAAACGGAUAAAGCGACUAUGAGCUUUGAAACACCCGAAGAAGGUUUCCUUGCCAAGAUCGUCAUUCCUGAAGGCACGAAGGGCGUUCCAAUAGGAAAACUUCUUUGCAUUAUUGUCGACAACAAAGAUAAAGUGGCAGCGUUCAAGGACUUCAAAGACACUGGAGAAACAGUCAAGCCACCGACACCUGCUGCAGCUCCUCCAAGCGCACCUCCACCGGCGGCAGCACCACCUCCCCCUGCAGCAGCGCCUGCACCUGUGGCAGCCGCUGCACCUCCACCUGCAGCUCCUCAUCCAGGAGGGCAUGUAAGCGCUACACCUUUGGCAAGAAAGCUCGCCGCUGAGCGUGGCGUGGAUAUUAGCGGAGUGGCUGGUUCCGGCCCAGGUGGACGUAUUCUUGCAGCCGACCUUGCACGGGCCCCGGCCGGUGCGGCUGCACCGGCUGCUGCCCCGCGUCCAGGCGUUCCUAGUGGACCCGUAGCCGAUUAUAUCGACAUUCCUCUCACGGGAAUGCGCAGUACCAUUGCUAAACGUUUGACGGAAAGUAAGAGCACAAUUCCGCAUUACUAUCUGACUGCUGAAAUUAAUAUCGAUGCCCUGCUCAAGUAG